AAGCAAAGUAUAUAGUAGGUGGUGGUAAUGCAAUAUAUUGGAUGCCAGCCGCCGUGAAACCUCCUCGAAGAAGAAGUAAUGAGAUGGACGUCAGCAGUCACAAGACCACAACAGAGUAGAUCACUCUGGCUCGCUCCCCAGUCGCAGAUGUGUAUAAUGUGGGCUGUUCUACAGGCACGAUGGCUAUGACAAACUUGGAACGUCUCUUGGGAUCUGGAUGUGUGAUCUCCGUUGAAUUACGGCACAGGCGUCACUAAAUUUGCAAGAACUCUUCAGACUAAAGAAUACACGUCUCGUCUGGGGGCGUUAUCACAUCAGCUUGCGCGCGGCUUUGUCUGUGCAUGGCUAAUGUUAUUGUCAGGCUAUCUAGCUGACUAGUCCAAGCAUCACAGUAGAACGCUAGAAAGACAAUAUUGUGUGGCUACAUCGGCGCUAAACUAGCUAGCUUGGCGCUUUAGUAGGAGCUGGUGUGUAUGUGAUGUUGUCCGUACUUUCGUACGGUAGACUUGUUGCCAGAGCUGUUAUUGGCGGACUCUCUCAAACGGAUAGCAGUGACUACAGCCUGGUAACUGCAAGAUGCGGGUUUGGGAAGGAUUUUCGAAAAGGUAUCUUGAAGAAAGGGAUGUGCUAUGGUGACGACGCUUGCUUUAUUGCCCGACAUAGAUCUGCCGAUGUUUUGGGCGUUGCAGAUGGAGUGGGGGGUUGGAGAGACUACGGGGUGGACCCAUCCCAGUUUUCAGGGACCCUGAUGAAGACGUGUGAGCGGCUGGUAAAGGAGGGACGCUUUGUUCCAGGCAACCCUGUGGGCGUCCUCACAAGCAGCUACUACGAGCUCCUACAGAACAAAGUGCCUCUGCUAGGCAGCAGCACGGCUUGUAUCGUGGUGCUGGACCGGCAGAGUCACAGGCUUCACACAGCCAACCUGGGAGACUCUGGCUUCCUGGUGGUGCGGGGAGGAGAGGUAGUGCACCGCUCCGAUGAACAGCAGCAUUACUUCAACACCCCCUUCCAGCUCUCUAUCGCCCCGCCUGAGGCAGAGGGGGCUGUCCUCAGUGACAGUCCUGAUGCUGCAGACAGCUCCUCCUUUGACGUCCAGUUGGGGGACAUCAUUCUCACAGCCACAGAUGGCCUCUUUGACAACAUGCCCGAACACAUGAUCCUACAGGAGUUGAAAAAACUGAAGAACACUAACUAUGAGAGUAUCCAGCAGACAGCCAGGAGCAUUGCAGAGCAGGCCCAUGUUCUGGCAUACAACCCCAACUACAUGUCACCUUUUGCACAGUUUGCCUGUGACAAUGGACUGAAUGUAAGAGGAGGAAAGCCAGAUGACAUCACUGUGUUGCUGUCAAUAGUGGCAGAGUACCCAAACUAGAGAUUGUAUGGAGGCUAGUAUUGUCUGCCUCUUGAAGAUGUCAGACUGCUUUGGUUCCUGCUGGCGGGGAUUAAGGACUGAUGUUGGUGGCUGAGCUGCCCUCCUGAGACCAUCAUUCCUCCAGGAUUCAAUCAGGCCCAUCUCUCAGAUGGAACACUGACAAUAGAUGCACUGACUUCACCAUCAGAACUGAGUGUUAAUCUUUAAUAGAUUGAAGACAUGGAUGAAUAAAGCAGAGGGUUGUCUGACACAUCUGCUAGGCUACCUGCUGCAAAGUAUCGAUCUUGGAAAGUCUCUAGUUGUCUUUGACCUAAUCCCUGUUCAAUGGGAUAAAGGAUGUAGUCGUGUUGAAGAUGAAGCUCUGGCUCUCACAUGAGGAACAAGUCUGUUAUUUUGAGAUUUGGGCUGUAAAACAAAGCCCAGAAGGUAGAGAUUAAGAAUCUGGGUCAGUAGUAGCCAGUCAAGUUGAUUGGGUCAGGAAUGAAAAUCUAUGGAUUGUACAUGUGAGUGUUCCAUCAUGAGCUGAGCUGAUUUGAAGACCGUAAGUAACAUCAGAAUACGAUACUGAAAGAGAGGGGCUCUCCAGUUAGACUGGUCCAUGACUCGCUGACCCCUGUCCCGGUCAGAGGAAUAAGGCAACCUCCGAGUUAUCUACAAAAGAGAACUUUAGUUCAAGAGGACAUAUGAGAUGGAUGUGGUUCUGUACAGAGAUGAGAGAUUAAUGAAUAUACUGUACAUAAUAAACAUUGCAUGAGAAUAAAAGGAGUAAUAGCACAAGCAAUAAUAAUUUUGACUGUAUAAGGAGAUGGUGACAUAAGCAAAGGACUUGUAUAACACAGUAUCCACUAUAACAACAAGCAAUAGUAACAAACAGUAAAUCUUUAAGGUUCAAUAUCUUCACUCACCACUGUCCACACACUCAUCACUCUUGUCCACUUGGAGAGAGACUGAGGAGGCUCUGACCUGAGCAGGCAGGACUGUCAGGUGUCCUGCCCUCUAGCAACAUAUUGGUGAUCUAGUAGCAGAGGGCACUGGGUUUGGGGAUCCCUUAGUCUCUCUGGCACCAGCAGUGAUUGGUAGAGUGAGCUGCAUAAAUUUAGAAAACUCACAGGCAGGAGAAUCCUUAAGAUCUACCAUCAAGUCUGAAUAAUAAGGCCUCAAACAACUUUCAGUGACUCAGAUUAAACAAAUCAAAUUAAUAAUACAUUAUAUUGAAGGGCAAACAUUUUUAUGUAGGCAUAAGGGCAUGUGUCUAUGUGAUGUGAAUGAAUGUUGUUGAAAUGUUUUGGUAUAUUUUUGGACAAGUGACAUUUUAAGUUGUUUGACUGAUCUAAUGGAUUGUAUGAAGACCAGGUGCCGUUGCUGCAUAUCAGUUUCUGACUGUUCACUGUCCCAGGCCUGCUGUUUUCAACUCUUUUUCUCUCACUCUCAACCUCAAUGCUCUGCUAUGAAAAGCCAACUGAUAUUUACUCACAAGGUGUUAUACUGUUGCACCCUCUAUAACCACUUUGGUUAUGACUCUGCUGGUCAUCUAUGACCGUUUAAACAUCUUUAAGAACGAUCUGGCCUUAAUGGCCAUGUACUGUUAUAAUCGCCACCCGGCAGAGCCUGGUUCCUCUACGUGAUUCCAGCCUUUCUAGAGUUUUUCCUAGCCACUCACUGUGCUUCUACAUCUGCAUUGCUUGCUCUUUGGGGUUUUAGGCAGGGAAUCUGUAUAGCACUUUGACGACUGCUCUUGCAAAAUGGGCUUUAUAAAAUUUGAGUGCAAUUUGGGUUGUACAUGGACCAAGUUAAUUGUUUCUAAGGAUGGGACAUUUUGACUUGAUGUUUCUGUUAAACCUAUCCAUUUUUAUUUGUCACAUACACAUGGUUAGCGGAUGUUAAUGCGAGUGUAGCGAAAUGCUUGUGCAGUUUCCUAGGAACGCGAAGCGAGGCGGCCAUCUCUGUCGGUGCCGGAAGUACUCACUCCUGCUGUGAUGCAAAGGGUGUGACUGCAAGUGAUGUGGAAGAUUAUUGUGUGAUAGAGUAACCUCUAGCCUGUCUGAUUUUAUAUUGUAUACAUGUGGAAUGUUUUAUUUUUAUUUCAUCUAGGCUACACAGCUUUCUUUAGUAUCCACUGGGAUGCAAUGGUAAUGACCAUUUACGCACAAGGUUAAAGAAAGCAUAUCUGAAAACUCACAGUGGAUGUUGGUCAGGUGACCAUGUUUUUUAAAACUUGUUUGGUAGGAAUCUGGACUGCGCACAGCUUCAAUUUAGCUUUAGGCAUAAUUGUUCACAAUCAGCAUUUGUCUCAUCAGUUGUCCCUGCUGUAAAGCUCCAAUAGGACAUUUCAUUAAGUGAUAAUAAUCAGGUCACUUAUUUCAUCUUUUAAUUGCAGGUUUUCAUUGUUGCUGCAGACAAAUGCACUGUGCAUUUACAACAUUACUUGUGUGCAGCAACAUUUAAAGAGUAACAUGUACUAUGCACAUGUUGAUUUAAACAGCUAAUGAACACAGAGCAGAAACUGACAAGUAGCCAUAUGAUUCACACUUUUCCCUUCAUGCCCUGCUGUCUUAAUUAAUUUACGCCAUCUGAUCGGAGACCUCUCAUUCCCUUUCAAUGUGUUCAAUGCUUUUCACCAUGGGACAUGUGUGAAUGAACAAGCUAUUUUUAAGGCUUGAAAAAGUAUGACAUGAUCUCAGAAUCCUUCAUAUUCUGUGUAUCAUCUGAGGUACCCUUGGUGGUGUUCUUGUUGAUGUAAUGGGUGCACCCUCACUAAAGGCUACUGUCCUGCUUCAAGGGCUCUCCCCUAACUAGGAAAAAAAUAUUGAUUCUGGUACAAACUGGCUAUCAGGUAUUUCAUCAUUAACAAUACCCUGCAUGCCUUUCAUAUUGCGCAGGGAGAUGAAAGGCAUCUGCACUGGAUGACAAAUGUUUUUGUAAGCAUUAUGGCACUAGAGGUUGACAACCUCACCAACCUUAAAGUACAAGCAAUUCUCCCUGCAAUUCUCCCUGUCAGAUGGCACUAUAUCAAAGCUAGCUUCCCCAUGAUGUCCGGGUCUCCACUGGCCUAGUGACCUGACCAGACAGUUUUGUUCUGUUGGCCAAUUCUAGACUUCAGUUCAAAAAGCAAAGUUUGUUACAAUGAGAGCUGCUUGUAUCUUUAUUUUGAUUGUACAGUUCAAUGCAGAGGCAGGUUCUAUUAAACAUGUUUUCAAAGCUGUCA